ACUGUUGGGAAUGGCCGAAGAGUGCCCGGCUGGCUGGAGAAGCUUGCAUAAGUAUUUUCACAGACUAGAUAUGAACAAGAGCAGCUCGUCACGGGUGACUGCCGACCGAGUUUGCUUUGUCGGUGCUCAUACAGGCCGCUCAAAGGCCAUGACGACGAUGCAAGAGAAAGUGUGCCUGCCUAUAUAACGCAUUCUGCUGGCCCACGGGAUAUCAGUACCUACUACUGAAUCCAACAACGAUGAAGGUGUUCCUGCUGGCAGCGGUGAUGGCGGUGGCCGCGGCCUCGUACUCCCCCGCUCCCGCGGCGUCUCGGACCGGCCCCAGCCAGCGGCCCGUCCAGCCGAAGCAGACGGGGUACGACCAGCAGGAGCACCCGUACGCCUUCGAGUACUCGGUCAGCGACCCGUACUCGGGCGCCAACUUUGCGCAGCAGGAGGCCGGCGACGGCCACAGCACCCAGGGCCGCUACAGCGUGGCGCUGCCCGACGGCCGCAUCCAGCACGUCAACUACGUCGCCGACCACUACAACGGCUUCAACGCCGAGGUCACCUACGAGGGCGAGGCCCAGUACCCCAAGGACCGCCCGGGCCAGGGCUACGGCGCUGGGGCGGCAACCAACACGGCAUCUGGAUACAGCGCGGUCCCAUCGCGCAACUUAGCUUCUUCGUAUAAUGCAGCUCCGUCGUAUAACGCAGCUCCCUCGUACGGCUCCGUCCCCUCCAACGCCGCCGCACCCUCCUACGGCGCUCGGUCGAGCUCCAACCCCUCGCUGUCUUACGGUGUUGACUCGUCCAACGGGGCUUCUUAUUCUGCCAAUGCGGCUGAUUCAUUUAACACCAUCAGCGCAUACAACUAAUCCUCGCCAAAACAAUGGCUCUGUAUACGACACCGCUCCUGUAGCUGCAAUACUCUGCUGAAUGCAGUCCAUCAAUAAGCCACGGAUUACCUAACAGCACAUCAUCCGUGCUGCGUUUUGCUGUGUUUUGCAGUGCCAGCGUAUGACAUGUGUGUGCAGGUCAAAUAAAAUGUAGCAUGAUGC